GCAACGGGUCCAAAAGUCGCCGUCGUGCCUCGGUGCGAGGCCUCGGUGGCGCGUUAACCUCCCGCUCGAACGCAGUACGCUCUCGACUCUCGCGCAGGCCAGGUUUGCACCCAAAUCCCCAUCGGUCGAUCCGCCGACCACGUGCAACCCGCCGACAGGCGGCCGCGAGAGGAAACCACCAAGAAGCCGCGUGCACGUGUUCCUCGUGCAGCAACAGCGACGACAUCGCCGAAAGAAAAGAAGAGGGAAAGAGAGAGGGAUAAUAAAAGGGAAUCUUAAAGAGGAACUUCCGGCCGGUGUCAUGUGAAAUGCAUUCGAUUGUAAUCGCCUCGCGAUGAUUACUAAAAUUCACGAGGUAUAUGCGACAGUGCGAAUCAAGAAAAUUAAGAAGUCAGAAAGAUCAAGUUCUAGCUCUCGAGCUGUAUGUCUCUUAUGUGUUUGCGAAUUAAUUUUAAAAAGUGCGCAAGAAGAUAAUCCGAGGGAAGUCAACGGUGCUCGACCGAGGAGAGCAUGGAUUAAAACGGACGUCGUAAAUUAAUUCGCGAGAUUCCGAUCGCGCUCUUGAGUUUGGUGGCGAACAGUUUUACACCGGGAGUAUCACACCGUGACGCCAGUCGGCGGCACAUUUAAUCCCGUGGCGCAUUUCUCACCGCGCCUGCGAAAUCAGUCCAACCGCGCGUGGAAUGUGACAAUUAAAACGAGGCGCACCGUUCGAACCGAGCGUUCCACUUUCGAUGGUCGUGCGUGAAAUCGACAGACUGCGGCAAAAAUGAAUUCGAAAUGGUCACACGCCGAUGUGCGGCACACGUGAGCCACGUUUUUUAGCACGACGGAGCAGAGUUGCAAGAGUACAAUAGCCCUCGAGCGGACCCCUUCAAAAAUUUUCGCGCUUCGAUGAAUUGCAAAGAAAAAAUGGGAUCGGCCAGAAAAACUUCGACGCGAAGAUCGAUCGAUUGGAUCGAUUGGAACAGGUCGGAAUAAUUGAAUUAUCGAGAGCACACAGAGGCAGGAGAACGCGGAUCUUCUCAGGACGGCCAUACAUGGUCGCCGUCUACCUACAAAGUCGGGAAGAAGCGGCAGCUGUCGUUGUGAGGUCGCGUGGGAGGUCGAGACAUCGUACACGGCACUUUUUACGCGAAAUUGAGACAUACAGAUUCGUGCGUUUAUUCCGGAACCCACACGCGGAUAAAGUAACCGUUUAAAUCACAUAUUUUAUUUUCUUUUGUUAAAAGUGUAUCGAUUUUGCAAAAUUAAAUCUUUUACGAACGACGUGAUCGAUCUCUCUCUUUGAUGCAUCGCGAGAACGAAGCGUGCCGAGUCGAAGGCGACCGACAAAUCGAUCCGGAUGAGAUCACAGGAGAGACGAAGGGAACUUGAUUCAGAGCAAGUUCGUGCCGCCAAGUAGCAACUCGAAUAAUUACCUACAACUAGUUCGUUAGCAAACCAUGGUUAAAUCUCCACGCAAAUCACAACGCCGCGAGUGAAUGAAAUUCAGAGGUCAUUUUAAACAAAAUAGAAAAAAAUAUUGCAAGAAAAAGAAGGAUAAAAUAAAACUAUAUAAACGGACUACAAAUUUAUGUACUCUUGAAAAAACUGCGUGUGUCGUGUAUCGCGGAACGGAAAAAGAUCGGAAUGAAGUGAAAAUUGCAUAAAAACGUAUAUAUCGUUGACCUGUCGUGUUAACGUCCGAGAUGCAUUCGUGGCUGAAGUGCAUCACCGACAAGCUUCGCUUGCGGAGGAAUUUCGCAAAAUAAAAACUCUCCGAGACAUGUCGCCGCCGUUACGCUCGUGACAAACGCGCACGACGAAUGAAGAUUUUCGCUACGGGUAAAAAUAAUAAUAAUAAAGGAAACGAGCAGCAUGCCGGUCGCGGGAACGAGGAGAUUAUGCAGAGUAGGACUCGCCGCGGUCUUGGUCACCGCGCUGUGCAUCCUGACUCUGCUGGAUUCGCCGCCAGCACGACUCCCGGAUCCACCGACCGAUCCUCCUCCCACGCCUGGAGGUGAACCACCGGGCACAAGAAGCAUCGUCGCUUAUUCGUGGGCCCGAAGAUUGGCACUCGAUUACAGGCCCACCAAGCAAUGCGACGGUAAUAGAACGCGCGAAAUGAUGUUAAACGCAAACGAGUUGCCCGACACGAAAUGGCUCGAAACAAUCCCGGGACAGCUCUUCCUGUACAGCGCCCACUUGGACCUCAGAAUCGCCGGUUACCCGAGCAUCAGAGUGAUUGGCGUUAAACGAGGAGCCCUGCCACCCUCCGCGCUCUUCUGCACUAUAUGGUACCGGGAGUACGGGAGAAUACGGUCGUUAAGCGUUGAAGCGCUUGUUUCGACAAUCUGGUUAGACGAAUGGGGCGACGCAGCGGACAGUUAUACCGGAAUUCUCGUUAAUUGUCAAUUGCCGUUGGACGGUUCAAUACGUCAUACGUCUCAGAUUUACGUGGGCCCGAGUCCCUGCUACGGGAAUGCUAGUCAUAGUUUAACGACCCGCUCGGAAUUCGAUGACGAGAUCACUGCCGACAGGAAGAGGCGUCAGCAGUUCACUCUGUGCAUCAAAGGGUUAGACUUCGACGAAGACAUAUCGCGUAAAUUAAUAGCUUUCGUCGAGCUGCACCGUAUUCUGGGCGCCAAGCUCUUUUAUUUCUAUGUAUUCAACGUGCAUGAGAACGUACUUAAGGUGCUACGUUUGUACGAACGAUCGAAUGUGGUGCGAUGGUUCACGCUUGAUUUGCCGGGUGAUUUGCCGAACGAGAAGGCGGCCCGAAGGCGAUUCUUCAGCGAGGAUAUUUGGACGAAGAGGCGAAUGGAGCUGAUCCCGUACAAUCACUGCUUCUAUGAAAAUCUCCACCGGUCAGAGUUCGUGGUGCCAAUCGAUAUCGACGAGGCAAUCGUGCCAACGCGCCGAAAGACUUGGCACGAAUUGCUACUGGAUGAACGCGCGAAACUCGGCCGAAAUUUUAAAGACUUCGCCUCGUAUUCGGUACGAAAUGCCUAUUUCUUUCCCGAACUGCAAAAUAAAAGUCAGACCGAUCGGUUGACCGGACUCGAUGAGGAACUCCGUCGCUCGGCCGAGUAUACGGACUAUCUGGAUACCAUGAGAACGGCCAGUAUCUCGCCCGAGGGCGACUCAGUGAAAAGUUUCGUCUCCACAAGGCGUGCGUUAACGGUGCACAAUCAUUAUGCCCUGACCACGCUGAACCCGUCCACUAGACGGGCUCAUCAUCUGGACUCAAACGACGUGCUCAAGCAUCAUCACCGAGCUUGCGACAGCCGACAUCUCGAUUGCGAUCUCCUGAUGGAGGACGUUAGAAUCGACGAAUCCGCUUUACGCUACGCAGACGAGCUCAAGACGAGGAUGAAGAUUGCUUUAGCCGAUCUCGAUGCCCUGCCAUAGACUAAAGUGAUGUUGUAAAUAAUAAAAAUUUUUUUCAAAAUUUUCGCCUCUUGUUAUUUAUUAACUAUUCUUGCAUACCUCUGAAAUAAUUCCUAUGAUAUUGAAUAAUCGAAAUCUUAAAUUUGCAAUGUUUCGAGUUAACAACGAUGAAACUUAAUUAACAAAUCAUACAAUUUGCAAAAUACAUGUAAUUUUUUUCUUUAGAUAAACUCGUUAAAUUCAUUCAGUAUUUAGUUAGUAUUUAUUAAUAACAAUCCUCGAAACUUGAAAAAAUAUAAUUUAAUAAUGUAUAAAGCAGGAAGUAAAAAUAUAAUUUAAUAAAGUAUAAAGCAGGAAGUCUUGAAUAAUCCCAUUAAAGUUCAAUGUACAGAAAUAAUCUAAAGCACUCCCCUACCUUCGUGUUGUCCCCUUCGGAAUGAAACAGGUCACCUAGAAAACAAUAGCCCAGAACCAGUAAUUUAAAACGACAAGAGUAACGGUGACGUUUCUCGCGAGUGUUGUACUUAAAAUUAUUACGGUCGGAUACAAUAAUCUGAGACAUGUAAAAAGACAAAAAGCUGAGAUACUGGCUGUUCUCAUGGCAAAAGCAAGCCUGACACUUUUCAGGCGUUGAUAAGUAAAAAAUUAUAUUACCGAGCAGAUGAUAAUUGGAAAAAGCGUAACGUGACAAAAGCAAGCUUCACGCUUUUCAGUCUUAAUGCUUGAAAUUAUUGUAGCUGGGCGCAAUAAUUGGAAAGUAUUUAAAAUGACAAUAGCAUGUUUGAUGUGCCUUCAAGAUUGAUGCUUGAGUUUGUAAUGGUUGAACGCAAUAAUUGGAAACCGUCUAAAACGAACAAAAGCAAGGCUGAUAGCUUUUCAAGGCACAAGGCUUUGGAGCGCUUCGAAAGAUUCAAAUGCCUUCAACAGCUAGAACUGCUUUUCGCGCCGCUGUGGCCUCAACCGUCUGACACGUUUAUCAAAUGAGAUGAAACGAACGCGCUAUUUACGCGAAGGAAAGCACAGGAAAGGUAAGAGUCCCUCGAGUUAACGAGUACGUAUGAGGAGCGAACGACUUUAUAAAGCACCGCAUCCAUCAUGUCCGGUACAUGUGAACGACAGUUUCAAUCUCGCUAAAGUGGCGGUUCGGUGGUCAUCCAUUAGCGUUCAAGAUCUCGUUCCACACGCAGGUCAAAUGCCUCAGCAGCACAAACGGCCCCAAGGAAACUUCUAUCGCCGUCGUUAUCGACUGAUUAGAUACUAGCUUGACUCAUCCGAUGCGGAACGGCGUUACGGCGCGGUCGCCAUCAAACAUAUUUUUCACCGAUAAAAUCGUAGAAGAUGGAAAUGACUUCUGUGCGAGCAUCCGAGACACGAGAUAAAUGCUACGACGACGACGGAAGCAAACAAGGUACGAUCGUUUGAAAUGCGACCGCGAUUCUCCCAGACAAAUUUUAUGACUCGUAUCGAGCGCGCGCGCGAAUACGUGAUCAAGGUCGUAACUAGAUUUAAUAGAUCAUAAGGAAACCGUCGUAUCCGCAUUCUCUCAAAUUUGUUACAAAGAACGAAGAUAAAAGCGGAAUGCCAUUUCCGUUCAAGGGAGAAAGAGAUAAGUGAGUUCGUAUAACGUUGAAAUUAUUCGCAGACAUUCACGGCGUGCCGAGCACUCUUCGAGGUGACGCUUCGCCGAUUCUUCAAAUGUCGCUGCGUCUUCGAAGUGCAGUAACCGAACUCACAAAUUUCCAGAGAGACAUGAUAGUCGUAAGAAUGGAGAAAAGUUUUCCAUCGUACUCUCCAAGUACACCGAUCAGGCGGAGCUGCUAUCGGUAUUUAGGAUGACAGCGUUACGAGCAAGCACCGAGAAGUAACAUACGCAUCAAGAUCGUUCCAGUUACAUAUAAUAAUAUAUCGUGCAAGCGAGACAGAUUGACCUGAUAAGGUAUCGCUAAAAUGGAGAGAAACUCGUCAACUAUUAAACAUGCAGACUUAUGUUAGUAUUACACUGUGCAGAUCCUGUUCCCGAUUUUUCACUUAUACUUUAAGAUUAGCCUCGUCACGCCAGUCAUCAAUUUGAAUAAAUUUGUUUAACCUA